GUCAAAAUAACUAUAGUCUAAAGGAUGAAAGGGAGUUGGCUUUAAUUACUAAGGGGUUAGUGUUUGAUUCGGCAGACUGUAGGUGGGUUGUCAGCUAUCCCUGGAUAAAAGAUCCCCGUCUUUUGCCCAACAAUGUAUCCCUUGCUUUUGCAAGACUGAUUGCCACAGAAAAGAGGCUCAAUAAACUAGGACCAGAUUACUGCAAGGCUUACCAGAGUCAAAUUGAUGAUAUGAUUGCUAGGAAAGUCGCAAGGAAAUUGACUGAGGAUGAGAUUUACAGAUACGAUGGACCAGUAUUUUAUAUUCCUCACACUGAAGUGCUAAAGCCAGACUCAAGUUCUACUCCACUUAGGAUAGUUUUCAAUUCUUCCGCCAAGUACAUGAACUUCUCCUUAAAUGAAAUGUGGGCAAAGGGCCCAGAUGUUUUGAAUUCUCUCCUAGGAGUUCUGUUGAGAUUCAGAGAAGAGGAGGUGGCGUUCGCCGGGGAUUUGGCCAAAAUGUACAAUACCAUCCAUAUGUCCUUAUUUGAUCAGCAUUGCCAUCGCUUUUUGUGGCGAGACUUGAAGGUCCAUAACAAACCAGAUCAUUAUGUUUUAACUUGUGUCCCUUUCGGCGAUAAGCCUAGUGGUACCAUUGCCAUGCUUGCUUUAAGAUUAACUGCGGAAAUAAUUCAAGACCAGUACCCUGUUGCAGUCAAUGCCAUAGUGAAGAACAGCUAUGUGGAGAAUCACUUUUAACUCCAACUGUAGAAGAUCUUGCGAUCGCUGAAAUGUUGUGGGUGAAGGAAGUUCAAUCUGAACUUGAUCCUGAUUGGGAAACUAAGUACCGUAGGUUAGGGCCUACCAGAAAUGAAGCUGGGGUGAUUGUUGUCGGUCAGCGUAUCCCUAAAUGGUUAAAGAAUAACUAUGAUCAGGACGGAUUUAUUUUGCUUUCUCCUGAUCAUGACUUUACUAAGUUGUAUGUGGAAUCUAUGCAUCGUCUGGACCAUGCUGGCAUUGAAGUAACUUUAGCCAAGAUUCAAUCCAAGUUUUGGGUACCAAAGGUCCGGAACAUGAUCAAAUCUGUGAGGUACAAAUGCAUCACCUGUCGCAAACUGAGGAAAGAAAUAGUUGGUCAACUUAUGGGACAGCUGCCAGAAGAACGCCUCAAACCAUCUCCUCCGUUUACCUACACUGCCCUAGAUUUGUACGGCCCCCUUUUAGUUAAAGAUAUGGUCAAGGGUCGCUCAAGAGGUAAAGCUUACGGUGUAAUCUUCAACUGUUUGGCCACUCGUGCUGUUCAUCUGGAUCUAAUUGAAGGGUAUAGCACUAAGGAUUUCCUUGAUGGACUUAGAAGAUUCGUAUCUAUCCGAGGAUGUCCGCGUGAAAUUUAUUCAGAUGCUGGUACUCAACUGACUGCCGCCAGUAAAGGAUUGAUAGAUCUGUCCAGGUUAAGUUCUGAUGACAUACAAGAUUUUGCUUGCAAUAAAGGGGGAGAGGUUAAAUGGGUUUUCAAUGCAUCAGCAGACGCACCAUGGCAAAACGGUGCUAGUGAAAGUCUAAUCAAAUCCCUUAAGAGAAGUCCGACUGUGGCUAUCGGUGAUAAUGUAUUAACCUUCAGUAAAUUACAGACAACCCUUUUUGAGAUUUCAAAUAUACUAAAUGAAAGACCUAUAGGUAUAAAGCCAGGAUGUGAUCCAGAACUUGGAAAAUACCUUUGCCCUAACGACCUCCUCCUUGGACGUACCUCUAACAAAGCUCCAAAGGGUGUCUUUGAGCACUUUCCUAGUCAUGAAUAUGUGGAUGACAUACUAGGAAAUUGUGACAAUUAUGAGGGAGCAAAUAAUUUACUGAGAGAGAUUGAAUUUGUUUUAGGCCAAGGAGGAUUUAAGGUGAAACAUUGGAUUCUGUCAGGUGCUCAUAACCCUAGCAAACUGGAUCUAGCAGAAACUCAAAAAGAAAAAGUCUUGGGUGUUGUGUGGGAACCCAACAGAGACGUGUUUGUGUUUAGUGUGAAAAUAAAUUUUCUCCCAAACAUCGCAAGACACAUACGGGCCCAGAUCUUAAACCGGAUAACCUUACCGGUGAGACACCCCAGUAUUUGACCAAGAGAAUGCUUUUAAGUCAGAUUGCAACCCAAUUUGACCCCUUGGGACUUGUCUGCCCUGUAACUUUAAAGGCAAAAUUGAUGUUGAGGCGUCUUGUCUGUCCAGAGGGUGAUGAAGAUGCAAAAUACGGUUGGGAUGAUGCAGUGUUGCCACAGAUUAGAAGUGAAUGGCUGGAUUAUUUCCAGAUGAUGUUUGAGUUAGAAACUCUAUGGUUUCCCAGAU